AAGGGUCCUAAAAGAAAAAGAGUAUAGAGUACUCCAUCAUUUUUGCCGCUAAACUUGAAAGCAUUUCCUCUGCUUUUGAGUUCUUCUUAGUGUGAAGCUUUGUAAAAACCAAACGAAAGUUUCUCUGUUCUAAGAGAUUGAAGAACACAGCAGAGACGAGUUAAUAAUGCUUCUCCGUUUUCUUUUUCUUCUUCUUCUUCAUCCGGUGAUUCUUUUCCCCGUAAUUUAGUUUUCACAAUCAGUUUUUUCAGUUUCCGGUUAUGGCAAAGUGUCAAAGAAACGAGGUUGGAUCUGUAGUUUUUGACCGAGCUUCCAUUUCCUCUCCCGCCGGCAGUCAUUUUCGCCUAUGCGCUCCCUUCUCCACCGCUUCAUUCCGUAGGAAGAUUUUUGACGCUGUAAGUUGUGGUGGAAGUUCCCGCUAUAACUAUCACCACGACGGCAAUGUUGGUGGUGGCGAUGGUACUGUUUCCACAGCCAUUAGGUCUUUGUCCGAGAUUGUGAAGGAAAGGGAGGCAGCUAGGCCGAAACGAUCCAAUGUGAAGUCGGAGAAGUUGUUCGAUCUUCUUAAGUUGGAGUCGUCGCCGGAAUCGAAACCGGAGACGAAGAAGAAGGAGGAGGUGCUGGAGGAGUUCAAACGCGUGGUGAAGAAGUUGCAGGAUGAGGAUUUGGUGGAGAGGAGAGCGGCGGCGAGUGGAGUUAGAUUGCUUGCUAAAGAGGAUACAGAAGCGAGAGGAACGCUUGGAAUGCUCGGAGCCAUUCCGCCGCUGGUUGGAAUGCUUGAUUUGGAAGACGAUGAAUCUAAGAUCGCUUCGCUCUAUGCGUUGCUUAAUCUUGGAAUUGGAAACGAUUUGAACAAGGCAGCCAUUGCUAAAGCGGGUACUAUUCACAAAAUGCUCAAGCUGAUCGAAUCUGAAACUUCCCCAAAUCCACCUGUUUCAGAAGCCAUAGUUGCGAAUUUCCUUGGGUUGAGCGCUUUAGAUACGAACAAACUGUUAAUUGGCUCAUCAGGUGCAAUUCCGUUCUUGGUAAAGAACUUAUACGACCCACAUCAAGAAAGCAGUUCACAAGUCAAGCAAGACGCUCUCCGUGCGCUUUAUAACCUCUCUAUUUUCCCAUCCAAUAUUCCAUUUAUCUUAGAAACCAAGUUGGUCCCGUUUCUUCUAAACGCAUUGGGAGAUAUGGAAGUAAGUGAAAGAGCCCUCUCUGUUCUAAGCAAUGUAAUAUCAACAUCAGAUGGUCGUAAAGCCAUAAGCACUUACCCAAAUUCAUUUCCAAUACUAAUUGAUGUCUUGAAUUGGGCUGAUUCACCAGGCUGCCAAGAGAAGACAUCCUACAUUUUAAUGGUAAUGGCACACAAAUCUUAUAGUGAUAGACAAGCAAUGAUUGAAGCUGGGGUUUCAUCAGCUUUGUUGGAACUAACUCUUUUGGGCAGUACAUUGGCUCAAAAGAGGGCCUCGAGGGUUUUGGAGUCUUUGAGAGUUGAUAAAGGGAAACAAAUCUCCGAUCAUCUUGGAGGAAAUUCUUCUGCUCCAAUGUGUGGUUCUUUAACUUCUUUUACUAACCCAAUUCUAGGGUCUGCUGAAGCUUUGGAAGGAUCGGAUGAUUUGGUUAGUGAAGAGAAGAAAGCUGUGAAGCAAUUGGUGAGGCAAAGUUUGCAAAACAAUAUGAGGAGAAUUGUGAAGAGAGCCAAUUUGCCUCAAGAUUUUGUGCCUUCUGAUAAUUUCAAGUCACUCACAUCAAGUUCCACUUCAAAAAGCUUGCCAUUUUGAGUUCUCAACUACCUGGAAUCAUGGCGUUAUUGAAGAUUCUGAAAUCCACACAAGAUUUGGAGUAUGGAGCUGAUAAAACUGGAAGGGAUUAAAGGAAGAAAACAAAUUUACAUUAUUUGGUCUCUGAGAUUUGGUUUGGGUCUGAGUUUUCAGAAAACUCAACAAUUUUAUUCUUGAGAUUUGUAUUCGGUAGCAUUCGAAGUCCAUAUCAACUUUUUGUUAUUAUUAAUAGAAAAACUGAUAGAGAGAUCAAGAAUGCUAUCAAAUACAAACUUUUAAGAGAAAUUGUUGGAUAAAAGGACUAAAGAUAACCUAAAUCAAACCUCGAGACCAAAAAUGUAAUUUCGAUCCAAAAAUAAAGCUGAGCAGCACUAUCUGCACUGCACGAGGUUGGUGAAUGCAUUUAUAGCACUAAAUUUUACUCACUUGCUGACUGCUAUGUAUUUUGUUAUUCAAUGCCCUUCCAUUUCUUUCUCUCUACUGCUUUUAAAGCUUCUUUUGACUCUUCUGUUCUCUUUUUUUUUCCCUUCGUUUUUCACUUUUGGCAUUUAGUAUCUGAAAAUAUAGCCCAUAUCCAUCUUUGAAAAGUAUGUGUAUGAACUGAUCAGAUCCCUCUUCAACGUUGGAAAAGUUCUACUACCACAAUAUAUUUCCUUCCA